AUGGCGACCAGAUUACUGCUAUUAUGUUGUAUUGGCUUCAUCUUCAUCGCCUGUGUUGAUGGGCAACCGCCAUUGGGUUCACAGUCACAGUAUGCAGUCCUGAGAACAUAUGCAGUUGACUUAGUAUCGCCUCUGGCGGCCGCGACUGGGGCACUGUUUGCACAACAUCAAAUUGAAACCGACGAUAAGACAUUCAAACCUGAAACGGUACCGACCUCUACGCUGCCAAAUGGAGAGAACGGUUGUCCAACCGGCUGGCACUUGUACAAUGGGUUUUGUUACGUGGUAACAUCAAAUCAAAGAAAUUGGUUGAGGACAAGGGAGAAUUGUAUGAAUAUGGGAGGAUACUUAGCCGACUUCGUUGACCAAGCCGAAUUCAACAAUAUAAGGGACAACGUAUUACAACCUUUCCCCGGCCGCUUAGUCUACUUUGGACUCAACGAUCAUAUAGAAGAGGGGAACUUCAUAAACGAUAUUGUCAACGAAGAACCUAGAUUUCUGAAUUUCGUUGCCGGACCGCUCGCAUUUGGGCCUGGUCCAGGCGACUGUGCAGUCGUGGGGGGUAACGCUAUUACUACAAUUCCAUGCGUACGGUCCAAUUUUGGACUUUGCAAACGAAGACAGAACAGUGUACUAACAUACACUGGUUUGUAGACUAUGAAGACAAAGGGAAGACUGAUUCAAUCC